AUGUUUGUCUUGGUUUUAAACCAAGAGACGGAAGAGCUGUCCAUAAAGCAAUCGGAAGAGAUCUACGUCCUCAUAGUGAGGUCAAUGAAUAUCGUCCAAUUUAAGCCCUCCUCACCAAGCGAUUAUGUGAAGAGGAAAGAGUACGGAGUCAAAGUUGGGGAUCAAAUGGUCCGCCAUAUCAUAGUGGCUAUGUCUGAUGAUCAAGAAGAGAUUAUCAAAGAAAAAGCAGAAUUGGAGAAGAAGAAAAAACCACGCAAAGCUGUGAAAUCAGCAUAUCCGAGUUCACAGCCAUUUUCAGAUUGGCAAGUAAACAAACAAGUAGAGUCAAAAGAAAAACAAGUUAGGGCCAACGAUGCCAGAGAGGCGACUGAUAAGAUCAUUCAAAACAAGCUAGAAAAUAAAAGGAAGAAGCAGGCAGUUCCUAGCUUAGAGACAUCUGUGCAGAAGGACUUGGCGCCAAGAGAAACCGUUGGUGAUGACUCGGCUAAUCUAGGUGAUAAUGUUGCAAUACAGUCAUCUCUACUUAAUUCGGUUAUCUCGGAAGAAGACCCUUCUUCUCCUACUGCUAAGGAACGGCAAGCCAGUUUCUCAAGUGUCCAUGAUGUCCAUGAUGAUGACACACCUUCAAAAGAUGACGAUGACACACUUUCAAAAGAUUUACUAUCCAGCUCAGUAGUGAGAACUGAAAAUUCGGAUGUGUUAACUGCAACAGCAGAUGGCCAUUCAAAACAGGAAACAAGGACACUUUUAAAAAAAAAACACUUGCAGAGUGUAAAUCAGAAUCAUUCUCUUCCAGGGAAAAAUUCUGAUGGAGCUGGCUUACCCUCCAGAUUGGAAAACAGAAACUCCCCAGCACGCAACAGCUCUGAUGAAAUUUUUAAUUUGCCAGUAACUGUAAUGGCACAUGUCCAUUCACACAAGAGUCCAGGGAAAAAUUCUGAUGGAGCUAGCUGCUCACCCUCUAGAAAGGAAAACAGAAAGCGCACAGCAUCCGAAAGCAUUGAUUCUCUAGGCAAUAUCUGUCUUGGCAGUGAUAGUGCAUCCAAGAAAAUUAUUAGGAGUGAUCGGGAUUUGGAGUCAACGACCAAGCCUUUUAAUACAAGGAAUUGGGAUGAAAUUGUUCCUGAUCCAAACCAAUCGGACACUGGAGAGAACUCACAGGCUAAUGGUCCUUCUUUAGAUGAAAGUGCUACAGGCAAUAAAGCAACAGAAGACCGCAAUGAGGAGGAGGAGUCUGAGAAUGAUGUCAACUUGUAUGAAUAUCUUGAAAGAAAUUUUAAGAAAGUAUUUAAAAAAUUAGAUAAAUUGGGAAACAAAAUUGAAGCUUUGGAGAAAGGACAGGGUGUCAGACGCACUGCAGCUUCCUCUCAAUUGGAAGAGGAAGUAGAAGGAGGUGUUAUGCCAAACCAUGUUUCAUUUGGGAGAGGAAUUUACAUUCCGAUUAAAGAUGUGAAAAAAAUUACUGAGGCAGGGGAUAAGUCCACCAUCCUCCAGAGGAAAGUAGGUGAAUUGGCUCUAGCUUGCUUUGGCGACAAAUUGUCAACUUAUUGUCUUUCCCAAGUGCAAGACAACAAGAACAAAGAGAUUAUGCCUGAAAUUGUUAUUGAUAGAAUAACAGAUGUAAUAAAUGAAGGGAAUAUUGAGGCAAAUUAUAGGAAGUUGCUAAGAAAGGCUGAAAUAACCAAGCUCAACAGCCAAGAACUGACUGAAAAGAUAGCUGAACUCAAGAACCUGGCAGCAUCUCAAACUAUAGAGUUAACGACAGCAGAUAUUAGAAAGAAAAUGUCAAAAGUCAUCUUCCUUUACAAGAAUCCCUCAACCUCGACAAAGUAAAAUAGAUGUAUCUUUCAACAAUACCAAGUAUUGUUAAUUGCUGAGUAAUCAUUCAAAUAAUCUUGGUACUGUGCAUCAUCACCAAACUAGUGUGAUAAAAAAUGAAUUUUUUUUUUGUGAAAUCGUAAUUUUUUCUUGUUACUUUAUUGUUUUAUUUGACCAUGCUUCCAAAG